UCGUAACAAGUUCAGUAGCGAUCGAGCCGAGACUUGAGGCGUAGUAAUGGCUAAGUGCAAAUCAGUAUGCUUACUGCUGCUGGCACUCUACGGAUUGCUGGAAGUUGGAAAUGUUUUUGGAGCUCCAGCACCCUCGACGACCGCUGAAAAAGAUGGCCCCGUUGCAACCAGACGAAGCUCCAGGCGACGCAAUACCAAUGCUGAUCCGACCGAAGCCCUCGAAAUUCCGUCCCUUACCGAGAUGGAAGCUGAGAACUUGUUGAACACUCUCGGGUACAACGAAACGGAUGGCAUGGAUCUGACGCCCAGACUUGGCUUUUCGGAGGAGCAAACUUUUGAGCAACUCAUUCGAAUUUUUCAACGAGAUAACGAUCUGGAGGAAACUGGAAUCCUCGAUGACGAAACGAAGCUGAUGAUUGACACCCCGCACUGUGGCACGACGAAAAAACGUGCUAGCAAAGGAGAUGGAGAGAGGAAGUGGAGUAAAAAUACGUUGUCCUAUCGCAUAAAAAACUUUCCUAGCGGCAAAAGAUCCGGCCCGAUAAGAGAACUACUGUCAAAGGCGUUCUCCCAGUGGAGUAAGGUAACAAACCUAGAUUUCUAUGAGGUGAAUGAUGUCGAUGCCGAUAUAGAAAUAACAUUUGGAGGUACAGUUCAUAGACUGCGAGGCGAUCGAUGUUCCUUUGAAGAUCCCAAAACACUUGCCCAUGCUUACUUCCCAGAAACGGGAGAUAUUCAUUUCAACUCCAAAUAUUUCUUCGAGUCGGGUACCUCCUUGGAGGAUUUCCUGGAUACUGCUCUCCAUGAAAUUGGACACUCACUUGGCUUAGAGCACACAGCUUCGAGAGCUUCCUUGAUGCAUCCUACGGAAAGCAAUCAGUUCACGGAACCCCAGCCAAUGGAUGUUGAAAACAUCCAAGCUCUUUAUGGAACGAGGAAAAGCCGGGGAACUUCAAUUUCUAAUUUUUCCCCUCCCAAAUUUUGCUCAUUGAAAAAAAUCGAUGCUGCUAUUGUCGAUGAAGAUGAUACGACUUUUGUUUUUGCGGGUAACUUUUAUUACAUUCCUUCCGAAAAUCCACCGAAGGCGCGACUUAUCUCUUCAAAGUGGCCAGGACUACCAGGAAACAUUGAUGCUGCAUUCCGGUUCACCGAUGGGCGAUCCUAUUUCUUCAAGGGUACCAAAUAUUGGCGCUUCCGGGGCAGCCGACUGGAAGCGGGACACCCCAGACUGAUCAAGGAUGGUUUCCGGGGGCUUCCGAACAGUAUCGAUGCCGCCUUCGUGGAUGCUGAUGGAGAUAUAUUUGCCUUCAAGGGGGGCCAGUACUGGAUAUACGAUUCCAGCAAGAAGCGAACGUACGCCGGUUCUCCUAAACCGAUUUCCAAUCUGCGGGGUGUGACGGCCAAGUCGAUUGAUGCCGCAUUGGACAAUGAAAGCGAUAUCUGGACAUUCAAGGGUAGAUCGUUCUUCGAGGCAACGACGAAUGGUUUCAAGGAAUUCAACAACGGCUGGUUUGAGUGUUAAUGUUUAAUAGUCAAAGUAUUAAUGUUGUUUAUAGCUAUUUAACCUAUUUUAAGGUAUUGAAACAAAUAAUAUCGAAUAAAACAUUUAAAUAUUGAGUUAACCUUCAA